UCGAUAGUCCAUUUACCAUUACAAAUACGAUAAAUUCCAAUUCUAGUUCGCAAAACCAAUUGGAUUUAUUUGUAGUUUCGGUAGAUUAAAUAUUUCUGCAAACAAUUUAACGAAAACUACGAGUUGGAACAAAAGGAACCGACCGAAUUGAGUGCUGCUGCCGCCGGUGCAAGAGUACGAGAACCAACGCUGACGCAGGCAGGCGGAGGAGUCAGGGGAGAAUUUGCGGAAAAAGUGUGACAAAGGGAGGGGUAUAAACAAUAACAAUUGCGUUGCGUCAACGACAGUGGAGGAGGACUUAGGAGCCAGGAUGGAGCGUGCCAGCGAGCCGGAAAACAAGCCGCCCAUCCUGCACAUCCUGGUGGUGGGCUUCCACCACAAGCUGGGUUGCCAGGUGGAGUUUUCGCAUCCGCCUUUAAUUUCCGGCUCUACGGGCCGCCACGAGUGUCCCUCCGGCUGGAAGUACCUUCCCACGCUGGCUCUGCCCGACGGUUCGCACAACUUUGCCGAGGACACGGUCUUCUUCAAUCUGCCCAGCCUAUUCGAGCCUGCUGAAAGCAUUUACGGUGUGUCCUGCUACCGCCAGAUACCCGUGGAGCGGCUCAAGAUCCGCACAGCCGACGUCACACGAAGCACGGUGCAGAAGUCCGUCUGCAUAUUGGCCCGCCUGCCCAUCUAUGGCUACAUUGAGGUGAAGCUGUCGCUGAUCGCCGACGCCUUCUUCGAUCAGGGCGACUUCUCGGGCACGGAUUUGCUGGUGAAGGCCUACCAGCAGCUGAACGCCUGCUUGCUGGACGACGAGUCACGUCGGCCGCUACGCCAUUUCCAUGUCGGCCUGUCGCUGCGCGAGAUAGUGCUCCACUGGCGCCAUAAGACCCUAAUGCUGUUCAAACUCCUCCUGCUGCAACGACGUGUGGUGUGCUUCGGUUCGCCGGUGCGCGGCAUGUGCGUGCUUAUCCUGGGCAUGGCCUCGCUGGUGCCGCGCUUGCUUGAGAAGGGCUUUCAGGAGGUGGCCUGCGUGCGCACCUCCCGCCCCCUGUCGCCGAUGCCAGACUUCACAGACUCACUGCAGCGGGAAGCUCAGGCGGAGGCUGAACUGGGCACCGUCAUCGCAACGUCGUCGGCAGGCGUACCCCCUGCCACACUGGAGGAGCAGAAAUUAACGCCGGACAGCGCGACAGCCGCUGAGGGUGAAGCGGACGAGCUUGCCCUCGUCUCAUCCGCCGCCUCUGUGGGCGAGGAGCAGGGCAGCGGCGAUGACACUUCGCCGCAUUCCACGCCCAACUCACAGUCGCAGGACUCGUCUAACUUUACAGGCUCAUCGAACGAGCGGAGCAUAUCGCUGACACGAGAGGCAAGCGUGGACACUCUGGCGUCUAACCUCGCCGCCUUGUGCUCGGUCAACCCGGAUGAGUACCGCGCCCCGGUCAGCAUCUUUGCCAGCGGCAAUCUCUGCUUGCCGUAUCUGUCGCUGCCGUACAUGGACUUGUUGAGCGAUCCAAUGGUGCUAUCCUAUAUCAUCGGAACCUCCAACGUCCUCUUCCAGCAAAAGCGUCAGCUGGCUGACGUCCUGGUAGACAUUGAGGCGGCCAAUCUGGAUGCCCACGACCCAGAGCUUCGACGUCAAUUGGUGCUAAGUACCGAGGAUCUGCGCUACAUGGACUACAUAAUGAAGCACGUGCAAGCGCCCAAGGAGGAUGCGGAGGGCAGCGAGUACUGGAUACGGGAGCAGUUCCAAGGAUACAUUCUCGCCCUGCUACGAACUGCAGUGGCGCCGGAUGUUACACCAAAAGACAACGAUCACUUUAACUGCCAUUUCAUGGGCGCCUUCAAGCGAACCCAAUGCUUCCAGGAGUGGUAUGAUGUGCGGCCCGACCCGGACUUCUUCGACGCUCUGCCCGCAGGUCAUCCCUUUGCCGGAACUUUGUCGGUCGCGGAUAUGAAACUAAAACUAGCACAAACCAUGCAGAACAGCGAGAGCGGCCGAAAGAUAAACCAGGCGGUAAACAACACAAGUCGGGCGGUCGGUGGUGCCAUCUCGCAGGCCAAGGGUGCCAUUUCCAGCUGGUGGUCGUCGAUAACGACGCAGCAGGCGAAUGCUAAUGCCACCACACCCACAGCAAACAAUUUUAAUGAUCCAGAGGGAGGUGCUGGUGGCGAUGCCAAUGAGGGAGCAGCGGCAGCCCAUGAAAUCUCAGUGACAUUCCAGAACCACAAGGAUGGCGAGGAUUUGGACGUGGCCGGGGUCAGCAUACACCUGUCGGGUCAGGAUGAUGCUCCUGAAUCGCAUGAAUCUCGGCAUCUCGCCUGGAGGCAGCAGCCGCAGGGCAUCGUUGAGAUCGGGCACGAGGCGGAGCAGUUGGACAAGAACAAACCUCAGGUGGAAUCCAAGAUCUCGGUCACAUCGCAGCAGCCAGCAGCCGGUCGCCCCGGCUGUAGCGGCGAUAUGGCCACCUCCGCUGUGGAGCACAACAGUGGCGAUGUCUUCAUUGUCUGAGAACGCGACGAUAGCGAAAGCGAAGGCAACAGCAUUGUAUAAAAUCGAUCUAUAAGCUAUUUCAUAAUUAUUUAUUACGCAUCAAAUUGUAUCGGUCUCAGUGGCAAUGUUGAAUUUAUAUCUACCACUACACCUCUCUUUCUCUAUUUCUCUCUCCUUACCCAAAAACAAUCGGCCAAAAGUUAAUAUUAUUUACAAUUAAUAUAUGUAUCUAUUUAUGUAUGUGAAUGCCUCCUUGCCCCACCACCACUCAGUGUAUAUGUAUACCCAUAUCCAUGUAAAACUAAACCGUUCCAAGUGCAAUUUGUAAUCCAAAAAUUAUAGCAAAGAUGAGGCGUCAUUCGAGUGGCAAUAAGCAAACCUACAAAAUUUGAUAUUUUGGGAGUUGUCAUUGCCCAGCUUGUCGCCAACAAACUCCUUGAAAGAUAUUAAAUACUGCUCCUGGCAGAGUCCCUUGGUCCCCCGCUCUGUUUACCUUAUCCAAAUGUAUAAUCCAAACUAAAUACAUUUAAAUUGCAAA